GAAAAAUUUUAACAAAAAAUUUUGCUGUUGCCCGGACAUAUAUCGGAAUGUCCUUUACGAUAAUGCAAAAACUUUCUUUACAACGUCUAAUACCAGAACAACCACUGUUAACAAUUAUACGAAACGCCAAAAAGAAGACUGGUGGAAGUACUCGGAAUAGAAUCGGCCACACGAGACCUAAACAUCGAGGCUGGAGAGUUCAAGAUAGCCAUUAUGUAUCUGAAGGUACGAUAUUGGCUACACAACGUACGACUAGAUUUCAUCCCGGCUUGAAUGUUGGCUUUGGACGUGAUGGUACUUUAUUUGCAAUGGAACAUGGCAAAGUCUACGUUACUUGUGAAGUCGCUGAUCCUAAUUGGGACCAUACUUGGAUCCAAAAAAAUUAUGCCAGCCGCCAAGGCCAAACAUUGUAUAAAAAAUAUUUUAACGUAAUCCCUGAGGAACAACAUCAACGUUUUCGCCUAAUAGAUGAAAUUUGAGUAAAAUAACAAUAAAGACUACAAGGAAUAAUAAUUCGAUUGGAACUUUACUUUU